CGUUGAAAAAUGAGUGCUGGAGGACAAGAUCGCGUGCUCAAUGUCAACUUGGGAGUCCUGGGCCACAUUGACAGCGGCAAGACAGCACUUGCCAAGGCACUGAGCACUGUCGCAUCCACAGCCGCGUUCGACAAAAACCCGCAGUCGCAGGCACGCGGCAUCACGCUCGACCUCGGCUUCUCGUCGCUGUCCGUCACCCCAAUGCCAGAGCACCUCGCUGAUUUGGCAUACGAUCGACUCCAGUUCACGUUGGUCGACUGCCCAGGUCACGCAGAUCUGAUUCGGACCAUCAUUGGCGGCGCUCAAAUCAUCGACAUGAUGAUGCUGGUCGUCGACGUCAACAAAGGCAUCCAGACUCAGACGGCUGAGUGUCUUGUCAUUGGCGAAAUCAUGUGUGAUAUCCUAGUCGUGGCUCUGAAUAAGAUUGACCAAAUUCCGGAAGACCAGCGAGCCCAGACAAUCGAAAAGGUGACGCGAGGUCUUGCCAAGACGUUCGCCACCACCAAGUUUGGUCAAGUGGCGGUGAUUCCAGUUGCAGCGCGUCCGGCAACCGGUCCAGCCAUUGGUGUUGAGAAUCUCAUUCAGGUGUUGGCCAAGUCAGUGCCUCGGCAACGUCACGAUUCCGCGGCACCGUUCGUCUUUGCUGUCGACCACUGCUUUGCUAUCAAGGGCCAAGGCACCGUCUUGACUGGCACUGCUCUUUCCGGCCAGAUCCAAGUGAAUGAGAACAUUGAGAUUCCGACUGCAAAAUUAAGCCGAAAAAUCAAGUCCAUUCAGAUGUUCCACCGACCCGUGCAGCAGAUUACAGCGGGUGACCGAGCCGGAAUUUGCGUCACUCAGUUUGACGCUAGUACGUUGGAGCGUGGCUACGCCUGUGCGGCUGGAGCAGUCAUUUUUGCACAUGCAUUGAUCGCCCGAGUCGACAAGGUUCGAUUUUUCAAGCUGCCAGUCCUCAGCAAGAGUCGGUUUCAUGUGUCCAUGGGUCACGAAACUGUGAUGGGAACGGCCUCAUUCUUUACACGCGAUGGUGAAGGGAAUGCGCGAUUUGAGGUGGAUAAGGAGUAUGCGUUUGCGGAAGAGCUUGGUCGCCCGCCACAAGAAAACGCAAGCAAUAGCGGCCAACCACCCGCCCCACUUGCGACAUUUGCUCUGAUCGAGCUAGAUCACCCUGUUGCCUGCUUGUCCAAUGCGCUCCUCAUCGGUUCACGCCUCGAUCUCGACCCUGACGUGCACACAAAAGCAUGUCGCUUGGCGUUUUCGGGACGCGUGCACGAAGCGUUGACUGACAAGAGCUACCGCGAAACGUUUCUCCCAAAGCUGAAAGUGUUUAAGCGAAAAUCGCGCACUGGCACUGUCGAGCGGAUCCUGGAUGACUACACACUGAUUGGCAAAGGGCUGUUCAAGAAAGAAACGACGCUAGAACCGUUCCUGGGCCUGCAAGUUGGCUUGUCAAGUGGUGAAGUAGGCGAAAUUGAAGGCGCCUUUGGGCAAAGCGGCAAGUUCCGUGUGCGAAUGCGGCAAGCUGUCAGUGACGCAACCAAGGCAACGUUGGCAGCAUCCGACAAACCCAAAGGCAAAGGCAAGGCACCUGCCCCCGAGGCCGAAGCCAUUGAGAUUGUCUUAUCCUUUAAGCGAUACGUGUAUGACCGGCAAAAGCGCAUGAUCCAGUCCAAGGACGAGUGAUUGAGUUUUGCUGAAAUUCGAAAAAAAAAAAUUAACAAAAAUACAGUAACAACAAAAAACAACA